CAAGAAGCGCUUGUAAACAGAGAGCCGGGCCGGAAUGGUCGGUGGACGAACCGGCCGUGACCGUGAGGAGAGUUGGCUGCCAAAGCCGAAUCACAGCCAGAAGUAGGCUGCAGGCCCCGCAGGUGAAGGGGGAAAAGUAGCCGGAGGCCAGGAAAUUAAAGAUGGUGGUGACAUUGCCUUGACAAGCACUUCCUGUUGUCUUUACAGAGGUCUCACUGAAGAAUAAUCUCAAAGGAAUGUUUGUCUCCCAGUACCUUUGUUGAUGACUGUUAUCACCUAGCAGAUGUUUUUAAUGUCCUGGAAAACAUCAACCACCCUUGUGCUUGGCCUGCUCUGGGCAGCUGAAUGAAAGUUCCUUCCAGUUGUUUCCAGAACUCUGUUGCCCAAAACUUUACCUCUCUUCGUCGGGUGAAUGUUCAUGAAGCCCUUUCCUGAACAAGCUUAGGAGGCUUAGGCCUCUUGGAGCCUGUGACAUGGAAGCUUUGGAAGUGGAUGAUAUCAGCCCAGCCCUGGAAGUUACUGAGGAUUUCUUUAGUACUUUUGAUAGUAAGCUAGAAAAGGCUGUGCAGCAAGCAGAGGUUUAUGGGAUUCAGGAAGUCCCUGAACUGGUGGGGCAUGAGGUCCUCAGUAACAUAGACAAUGGUGCUAUCAGAAAUGUCUCCUCCCUGGGCAAGGGAGGCAUGAUCUGGGACCAUUGUAAGACCAGGUUCUUAGAAACCAAAGCUCAAAAUGUCUUCCCUGCCAAAGAACAGUUUAUGGUCCAGAAAGGGACAACCCCAGAUAAUCUGUCCUGGAUGGAACAAAAGGAAGCUUCAACCUUUGAUUUUUUCAACAUCUGUCAGCGUCGGAGGGACAGACCUCGUUCUGUGAAUGACUUAUUGGAUGAGACUUCUACUUUUAAGCCCGGCCAUGCUCGAUCAAGGUCAGAUAUUAGCCAGGUGGACUGGAGGGUGGUCCUCAAAACCAUGCCUCUGCAACAGCAGCAACAACCAUCUCUUCAGGGCCCUCACUUCACCAGGACGUCUUUUCUGUUGUCCUCAUCAAACAAGGUAGAAGAUGCUCAAGGAAAUAUGGAACACAAGGAGGCAUUCCCAAACAUUCUGAAAAAGGGUUACCUGGAGAUUCGGAAGGACCAUGACAGUUACUGGCAAAGCUGUUACGCAGAACUCUCCGCCUACAGCUUAGACUUCUAUGGCCUCGACAGCAGUGGGAAUCAAAACCUCUAUGCAACGUACCAGCUGUCACACUUCCAGAGCAUAUCUGUUCUGGGCAACCUCGAGGCCAGGCUGGUGGAUACUGUUCUGUAUGACAACACUCAGCUGCAACUAAAGGCAGAGUCGCCACGGGAGGCUUUGGACUGGGGGCAGAAGCUUUGGGAGGGUGUGCAUGCCGCCGUGCCUGCUCACAUGGGACGGCCAGAGGAGCUGGCUGACUCACCGGGGCUCGGUCAUCAUGUCGACUGUCCACAGAAUCGUUGUUUGCAGAAGAAAUCCAGUGAGCUGCUCGUGCCAUCCCCUGUCUUGGAUAGCCCCAAAGAGUACCAAAACAUCCUCAAAUCGGGGACGCUGUACAGGCUGACCAUCCAAAACAACUGGAAGGCAUUUACGUUUGUCCUGAGCCCGGCCUACCUGAUGGCUUUUCAGCCUGGCACGCUGGACGAGGAUCCCCUGCUGAGCUACAAUGUGGAUGUGUGUCUGGCCGUCCAGAUGGACAACCUGGAUGACUGUGACUCUUGCUUUCAAGUCAUUUUCCCCCAAGAUGUCCUCCGCCUCCGUGCUGAGACCCGGCAGAGGGCCCAGGAGUGGAUGGAGGCUCUGAAAACAGCUGCCAAUGUGGCAAGGAGUUCAGAACAAAACCUGCAGGUCACGCUGAGGACCAAACCCAAGGAUCAGAUGGGUGGGCAUGAACUCAGGAAGAACAAACGCCAGUCUGUGACCACCAGCUUCCUCAGCAUCCUGACGACUUUGUCUUUGGAACGAGGACUCACUGCUCAGAGUUUCAAAUGUGCAGGAUGCCAGCGAUCCAUAGGCCUUUCCAAUGGGAAAGCCAAGGUGUGCAAUUACAGCGGGUGGUAUUACUGCAGCAGCUGCCACGUGGACGACAGUUUUCUCAUCCCGGCCCGCAUAGUCCACAACUGGGAUACUUCAAAAUAUAAGGUGUCUAAGCAGGCCAAAGAGUUUCUGGAGUACGUGUACGAAGAGCCCCUGAUCGACAUCCAGCAGGAGAACCCCAUGCUGUACGGACACGCCGAGCCGCUGGCCACCGUGGUGCGCCUGCGGCAGCGGCUGAAAUCACUGCGAGCCUAUUUGUUCAGCUGCCGGGCAGCGGUGGCCGAGGAUCUGCGCCGCAGAAUUUUCCCCAGAGAAUACCUCCUUCAACAGAUCCACCUGUAUUCCCUCGCUGAUCUGCAGCAGGUGAUAGAGGGAAAGCUGGCUCCGUUCUUGGGCAAGGUCAUUAAAUUUGCUGCCUCACAUGUGUACAGCUGCAGUCUUUGUAGCCAGAAGGGGUUCAUCUGUGAAAUCUGUAACAAUGGAGAGAUCCUCUACCCUUUUGAGGAUAUUUCAACAAGCAGGUGUGAAAGCUGUGGAGCCGUUUUCCACUCUGAAUGCAAAGAAAAGUCUGUCCCCUGCCCAAGGUGUGUCCGUCGAGAGCUGCAGAUGAAGCAGAAGUCUUUCUGGCGGAGGCUGAACAUGGACGAGAGCCUGGAGGAGGCUUGCAACGUGUUUGAGCUGUCCUACCAGAACACCUGACUCAGCGGGAGCCCAAGGCCGGGCAGUGACCUCUCAACCAUCCAUCAGCCCCAGUGGCUUCCUAACUAGCCAGUUACACCC